CGGAGACUCUGAGCAGCAGAAGUGACCGCUAGCUGAGCUACAACGGCCAAUAUUUCACAGCGAAUACAGAGUGAGAAGGGGUUCAAGUUUAUUUAUUUUUGCUACAGUAAUUAUUUGUAUCGAUCUGGGCUUUUGUGUUGUGUUAUUUUGUUUUUGGACGAAAAGCUCGGGAGUGCCACCGUCAGUGGUAGCGCCGUUAGCUAGCCGUCUGUCCGUCCGUCCGUCCGUCGUGUCUUCCAGCAUUAUGGGGAACACCGCCACCGCCAAGAAGGGCAACGAGCAGGAGAGCGACACGUUCGUGAAAGAGUUUCUAGCCAAAGCCAAAGAAGAUUUCUUACGGAAAUGGGAAUCCCCACCACAGAGCACAACAUGUCUAGAUGACUUUGACCGAUUAAAGACCUUGGGCACUGGCUCAUUUGGAAGAGUCAUGCUGGUAAAACAUAAAGGAACGGAGCAACAUUUUGCCAUGAAAAUACUGGACAAGCAGAAGGUGGUGAAACUCAAGCAAAUAGAACACACAUUAAACGAGAAGCGGAUAUUGCAGGCUGUGAGCUUCCCCUUUCUUGUCAAACUUGAGUAUGCCUUUAAGGACACUUCCAAUUUGUACAUGGUGAUGGAGUAUGUUCCAGGAGGAGAAAUGUUCUCACAUUUGAGACGAAUUGGAAGGUUCAGUGAACCACAUGCACGAUUUUAUGGAGCUCAGAUAGUGCUGACAUUCGAGUACCUCCAUUCAUUAGAUCUUAUAUACAGAGAUCUAAAACCAGAGAACCUACUCAUUGACCACCACGGCUACAUUCAGGUAACAGACUUUGGAUUUGCCAAGCGGGUAAAAGGCAGGACCUGGACUUUGUGUGGGACACCGGAAUAUCUGGCACCAGAAAUCAUUCUCAGCAAAGGCUAUAACAAAGCUGUGGACUGGUGGGCACUGGGGGUUCUCAUCUAUGAAAUGGCAGCUGGUUACCCUCCAUUCUUUGCAGAUCAGCCGAUUCAGAUCUACGAGAAGAUCGUGUCUGGAAAGGUACGGUUUCCUUCACACUUCAGCUCAGAUUUGAAAGAUUUGUUGAGAAACCUGCUGCAGGUGGAUCUGACGAAACGUUACGGAAACCUAAAGAACGGAGUCAGUGACAUCAAGGGCCACAAAUGGUUUGCCACAACAGACUGGAUUGCAGUCUACGAGAGAAAGGUGGAAGCUCCCUUCAUACCAAAGUGCAGAGGCCCAGGGGACACCAGCAACUUCGAUGACUACGAGGAGGAAGAAAUCCGCGUUUCUGUGACGGAAAAAUGUGUAAAGGAGUUUGCAGACUUUUAGGACAUGAACACACACAUAAAUCAGGGAAUCACAGGACCUUUGCACUUGUCUAAAGACUUGGGAUGAUGCAGAGACCAUUAUUUUUCAGAUCUACUACGUAGUCCCUUCAUUCUGCAAGGAUGGAUGACGUGGCCGUGAUCCUCGGGUGCCGAUAACCUCACUGUCGUACACACAUGUAUUAAAGCAGACACGCCACUUUAUUUUUUUUUUGUUUGUUUGUUUUAAACCACCUCACCGUUAAGUUGCACUUAGUCUCUGAUGUUGCAAUCCAGACCCCCCACCGCUACCCUGUUAAAAUGUGAUGUUUUUCAGUUGAGGGAAAACUGAGAUAACAGUCGAUAAUGGUUGAUUUAUUGCAAACAAGCUGCCUGUGGCAGAGUGACGGAGUUGUGCAGGUAGUAGUUCAUUUCCCUCCUGUUGCUAAAGCUACAGUUGUGUAGCAUUUAGGGGUGUUUUUUUUCUUUCUUUCUUUCUGUCUUUUGCAGAAAUAAAAUGUCCCAUUCGUAACCAACUGUUGUGAUUGCUAAGACUUAGCAUUCACAGCAUUCAAUAUUUACACAGGAGUGCACCGCCAUGCGGGGCCGCCACGUUGAUACAGUAGCCUAACAAUGACAUUUUGCAACAUGGCUGGAAAACUGAAGGAAAAAAGCAUAAUCAGUGUUUACUAUACACUGUCUACUGUUUGCUAGUUCAGGCCAACAAGUUUAAGAAGCCUCAUUUUUGUAUCAGAAGAGAAGGCAAGGGAGCAUGAAUCCCUGGCAUCAUGGAGUCUGCAACAUCUCCACUAGAUGAGGCUAAAUCCUACACGUUGUAGCUUUAAAGGUAUUUAUUUAGUGGUUUGUUACAGAGCCCGACCAAUAUAUUGGUAUGCGAUAUUUUCAUAAGCAUACCCAUAUCUGCGCUAUUUUUGCCGAUUUAUGAAAAUGUAUUUUCUCAAACAGUGCAGAAAACACUGAGUGUUGGAAAUGGUGUCAUUAUGUAGUUUUGGCCAGUGUUGGCAAACAUGGCUGGGACCCCAUCACCCCUUGGUCACAUUAGCUACAAGAGAUAGGCAGAAUGACCAGCUGCUGUUCAGAGUUUGUGUUUUACAGCGACAUCAUACAAGUGCUUACUAUGCCACUAGCGAGGUACGUCAUUUACUUGUUGGUUAUAUUUGUAGUUAUAUAUAACGUUCUUGGUUGAAAUCUUACAAUAUCAAGCUUCAGUUACAUUUUUUGUCGUAAGAGUUUGAUAAUGAAAUGUUAGUAAUCUGCCAUUUUUAUCGAAAUACCGGAGGAGGUGUGGUGGUGGUGGGGGAUAUAGCGAUCAGCCUGUCACUCUGUCCGUCCAUCCGUUUUUGCUUGUUAGCGCAACAUCUCAAGAACCAAUUAACCAAUUUAAUUUAUAUUUAGCAUAAGGGUGUACUUGGGUGAUUCCCCCAACACCAGUCGAUUACGGUGACCUUGGAAUCAGUUUCAAGGUCACAAUGAGAUCAAGAUAUUGUCAUUGCUACCCUUGUUUGCAUGAUAUUUUAUAUUUUGCAUAAUUGUGUACUUGGGUGAUCCCCAACACUUCAUAUUAUGAUUUGUGGGGACCGGGCGGAUGUGUCAUCCCCUGCUGACUCUUGUUUUAUGUAUAUAUCAACAGAUAUAUCAAUUUCGUUCCUGCUGACUCUUGUUUUAUGUAUAUAUCAACAGAUAUAUCAAUUUUGUUUUUUUAAGUCCCUAAUAUUCGCAUAGGCCUCUUAAAAAAAAAAAAAAAAAAAAUCCAUAUUGGUCGGGCUCUAGUUUGUUUCUGCAAUUUGACUCGCUUUCAUAGGCAGCAUUUGUUUGAUUUUCAGUCAGUUUCUGAAACACUGGAACACGAUCAGUUUGUAAACCAAAUAGAAGAUAUUUGGAGAAACAAAACCAGUUUCUUCGAUUUCUUUGCUUUUCCACAGAGAUCCCACACAAGCACCCAUUCACCGUCUGCUUGGUGGUCUGAUGCAGGCACACUAACCUAUUGUGUGAAAAACUACAAACCUUGUUACAUUAGUAAAGAAAAAAAUACAAGGGUAUCUUUUAUUCAUUUGGAUGUCUGUUACGUAUCAGAUUUGUCAUUUGCAAUCUUAUUUUUUCCUUCCACCACUGUGUCUAACGUCAUUUUGUAAGAUUUCAGGUUUGCACAUAAGUCUGGAACAAUGUGGCUUCAGUAAAAGGAAAAUAAAAAGUCCAAUAAAAUCGUUUUAGGAUUUUAAAGCGUAGCAUAAAACCGAGCAGGUCAGUGUGACUAGUAUUUGGCUUUAUGCUUCGACAUUGUUGGUGAAUCCUAAAAAAAAGAACCUUUUAAAGCUGUUACGGAGUUCUCAGUAAUAGGAACACGAAAACAAACUUGUGGGUUGUGAGUGAUUUGAAGGUUUGUUGUUUUGAUUUUGAGGUACAGUUUUCCUCACAGUGCACUGGCUAAAAUAAAGACUUUGUGUCACAUGUAA